AUGCAGCUUCCCGUGCUCCCCACGGGCGACGCGGCGCCGCUGCCCGUGGACCUCACCGGCGGGUCCGAUUUGCCGCACAAGCACGCGUCGCCGCCGAACCCGCGGAAGCAGAAGCGGGAUCGGUCGCGGAGCAAGCGCCGCGGUAAGCUGACGCAGGCGCAGCGCGACGCCCUGGGCCUCGACGAGCGCUGGGACCGCUUCUACGCGCAGAAGGGCGUGCGCUUCUACAAGGACCGCCACUGGCUGCGGCGCGAGCUGCUCGAGCUCAUGCCGCCGGCCGUGCGCGACGACCCCAUGCGGUGGUGCGCGCCGUUGGCGAGCGACGGGACGGGCGUCGCCGUCGACGUCGUGCCGGCGACCAACGAGCUCGCGCGCAUGACCGUGGGCCUCGAGGCGGGCUGCGGCUGCGGGAGCGCGGCGUUCCCGCUGCUGCGGGCCAACGACGACGUCUUCGUGCUCGCGACGGACUUCUCCGCGGAGGCGAUCCGCCUGUUGAAGUCGCGCGACGAAUACGAGAACCAGCUGAGCUCGUCGACGCGGCGCAUCCACGCCUGGGUGAGCGACGUCGCGGCGCCGCCGGGCGACGCGCGCUGGGCCGCCGUCGAGGCGCUCGCGGACGCGCUCGGCGGCCUCCACUUUCUGACGUUCGUCUUCGUGCUCUCGGCGUUGGAGGCGGCGCAGAUGGUGGCGGCCGUGCGCCGCGCGGCGCGCCUGCUGCGGCCCGGGGGGCUGCUGUUCUUCCGGGACUACGGCGCGGGCGACCUCGCGCAGCGGCGCCUCGACGACCGGGGCCAGACGGACGGCGCGGGCACGUACGAGCGCGGCGAGGGCACGCUCGCGCGCUACUUCUCGCUGGAGGAGGUCGGCGACCUCUUCCCUCCGGCGCUCUUCGACCGCGUCGAGCUCCGCCACGUCGAGCGCGACAUCACGAACCGCGCGCAGGGCGUGACGAUGAACCGGCGCUGGGUCCAGGCCAAGUUCGCGCGGAGAGGCGCGCCGCCGUGCUUCGAGCCCGUCGCCGGCGCGCCGCCGCUCGCGGAGACGGGCGCGGCGCGCCGCCGCGGCGCGCCCCGGAGCUCGAGCCCGGUCCGCGGCGCGGACGACGGCGGCGACGACGCGCACUGCGGCGACCUCGCGCCGGAGUGCGGCUGCUUCGCGUCGCUGGGCUUCGACUAA